AUGAGUCCAUUACAGCAGCCUGACAAAUUACCAGAACUCACCAUAUCAAGUUAUCAUGCCUUACUCAAUCAAGGUGAAAUCAGCUGCAGCCAAGUAGUGAGCAUAUACCUCGCCCGGAUCGCACAACACGACCCCAUGAUCAAAGCACUCAUCAACAUCAACCCCAACGCCCAAAACAUCGCAGUAAAAAAGGACCAAGAAAUAAGACACUACCUCAAAAACAAACUUCCCCUAAAACCGCUCCAUGGAGUCCCUGUCAUCCUGAAGGACAACUACACGACUUCAGAUCUACCCACAACCGCGGGGAGCAAGGCUCUCCAAUCUCUCCGCAGCCAAGAUAGCGAAGUAGUCACACACCUACUCAACGCCGGCAGUAUUAUCCUUGCCAAGGCUAAUCUCCAUGAAUUCGCACUCCAUGGAACAACGACAUCUUCCCUUGGCGGUCAGACUCUGAAUCCCUACGACCUAACCCGCACCCCCGGUGGUUCAUCUGGCGGCACCGCGGCAGCAUUAGCAGCGAACCUGGGACUAGUGGGGUGUGGGACUGAUACAAUGAACUCCCUCCGAUCGCCGGCGUCGGCAUGUGGGAUUGUGGGGUUUCGGCCGUCGACGGGGCGGGUCUCAUGUGCGGGGAUUGUGCCCGUUUCUGAGACGCAAGAUAUGGCAGGACCAAUGGGGCGGACGGUGGGGGAUGUUAGGAUUUUGUAUGAGGUUAUGAAAAGGGAUUGGAAUGAAUCGGUGAGCUUGGGUUCUGGGUCCGUUGCUCAAGAGGCAUCACGUCCCUUGCGACUUGGAGUUCUGAAUGCUUAUUUUGAGCUCGAGGACAUUGGAGCGUGUUCCCAAGAGGUUGUCGACGAGAAUAUCACUGUUCAGCGAGUUGUCCGCAAUGCGCUAGAUUCUAUUCAGAGUGGGCUGGAUGUCACUCUGAUCCCCGUAAACGCGGAUCGAGACUGGACUCUAGCGAAUCUUCUCGCCAAUGCAGAUACUCAACCGUUUGAAUUCAAGGAUUGUCUCGAUAACUUUCUUCAGUCCCCGCACGUAUUGUCGGCACCUUAUCGUUCACUUCAGUCUCUAUCCCGGAGCGAAGAAUAUGAUAAACAGGCCGUGACAGACGUCUUCUAUGCUGCUCUUCGGGACUCCGAGGUAUACUCGCGCACAAGCAUGGAGUACCGCUCUCGUCUCGAUAUGAUCACAGACCUGAAGAACUCUGUGCGACGAUGCUUUGAAAAGUAUAAGAUCGAUGCCUUGGUAUAUCCGCACCAGAGACAGCUCGUCGUCAAUGUUGGGGUUACGAGACAGCCAAAUCGCAAUGGUGUGUUGGCUGCCGUGACUGGGAAUCCUGCGAUCUGCAUUCCAGCCGGCUUCAGUCCAGCUACUACAUCAGCUCCCCGGGGUGUUCCAAUUGGCAUAGAGUUGAUGAGCUAUGCUGGCAAUGAUGAUGACUUAUUGAAUGUUGCAGCACAGUUAGAAGAUGUCCUUCAGGCAAGAAGGACACCCAUUUUCGACUGA